AUGGCAGCAACCGAUGCAACUGUCGAACAGUUAGAAAACAAAACCGCGACGUUGAAGUUGGAAAACACAACUAAGCGUGAUACACUUAUUGGAUGGGAAAAGGAGUAUCAAAAGAAAUGGGAAAAUGAAAAGGUGUUUGAAGCAAACGCACCUUUAGAGGACAUGACUCCUGAAGAAUUGCGCGAAAAAUAUCCAAAAUUCUUUGGUAACAUGCCAUACCCUUAUAUGAACGGAAGCCUUCACCUUGGCCAUGCUUUCACCUUAUCUAAGGUUGAGUUUGCCUGUGCUUUCGAACGUCUACAGGGAAAGCGCGUUCUUUUUCCCAUGGGUUUCCACUGCACUGGUAUGCCCAUCUGCGCUAGUGCUGAUAAGCUCUCCCGCGAAAUGGAAAUCUUUGGUCCUAAUUUCGUUAUUCCAGAGGAACAAGAGCAUGUUGUUGGUCCCAACCAAGAAACCGCCAAAAAUGAGGACGUCACUAAGCAUAGCGGUAAAAAGAGUAAGGCUGCUGCUAAGACAGCUGCCGUCAAGUACCAAUUCCAAAUUAUGGAAUCUCUAGGCGUUCCUCGUCAGGAAAUUAGCAAGUUUGCUGAUGCCAAGUACUGGCUUGAAUACUUCCCUCCCUUGUGUCGUAGAGACUGCACUGGUUUUGGUCUAGGCAUUGACUGGCGCCGUUCUUUCAUUACUACUGACGCGAACCCUUACUAUGACUCAUUUGUUCGUUGGCAAGUUAACCAUUUACAUAACGCUGGCAAAAUUAAGUUUGGUGAACGUUAUACAGUAUAUUCUAUUAAAGAUGGCCAGCCUUGCAUGGAUCAUGACCGUAAAAGUGGUGAAGGUGUAGGCCCUCAGGAGUACACAGGACUUAAGAUGCAAGUUUUGAACUUCCCUGAUGCUGCCCAUGAAGCUUUAACUUCCAUUGAUUUAUCAAUUAACAAGGUCUUCAUGAUUGCAGCCACCCUUCGUCCCGAAACUAUGUACGGUCAAACAAAUUGCUUUGUUGGUCCCAGCUUGACUUACGGUAUUUAUGAGGGCCUUGUCCCCGGAGAACUGUACAUCUGUACCCGUAGAGCCGCUAGCAACAUGGCCUUCCAAGGUCUUUUGCGUGAACGCGGUGUUGUCAAAGAGCUUGGUACUAUUAAGGGACAACAGCUCGUUGGAGCUCGUAUCAAUGCUCCUUUGUCUGUUUAUCGUGAGGUUUAUGUCUUACCUAUGGAAAGUGUUUUACCAACCAAGGGUACUGGUGUCGUUACAUCUGUCCCUAGUGGCUCUCCUGAUGAUUAUGCUACUCUUACUGAACUCCGUAAGAAAGCUGAAUUUUAUCACUUGAACCCAGACUGGAUGAAGUAUGACGCUGUUCCUAUCAUCCGUACACCUUCUUUUGGUGACCUGACUGCCGAAUUCUUAUGUAAGAAGCUGAAAAUCCAAAGCCCCAAGGAUGUUAAGCAAUUGGCUGAAGCAAAGGAAUUGGCUUAUAAGGAGGAUUUCUAUCACGGAGUUAUGAUUAUCGGUGAUUACAAUGGCGAAAAGGUCGAGGUUGCUAAGCCCAAGGUUCGCCAAGAUUUGAUUAAGCAAAGCCUGGCUUUUGUUUACAACGAACCAGAGGGACAAGUCAUUAGCCGUAGUGGUGAUGACUGCAUUGUUGCCUUGUGUGACCAAUGGUUUUUGAACUAUGGUGAGGCUAGCUGGAAGGCAAUUACCGAAGUCGCUUUAGAACGUUUGAACACUUUCUCCCCUGAGGUCCGUAAUGGCUUCAAGAAGAACUUGGAUUGGCUCUCUCAGUGGGCUUGUGCUCGUUCUUAUGGUUUGGGUUCACGCUUACCAUGGGAUCCUCAAUUUUUGGUUGAGAGUUUGACUGACUCUACAAUUUACAUGGCUUUCUAUACCAUUGCCCACUUGCUUCAAGGUGCUCCUAACGGAAGCGUUCCAGGGGCUUUGAACCUUAAACCCGAAGAAAUGACACCUGAAGUGUGGGAUUAUGUUUUUCGUGACGGUGCUAAGCCUACUAAUACAUCUAUUACCGAUGAGGCUUUAUUCAAGCUUCGCCGCGAAUUUCAAUACUUUUAUCCAUUUGACAUUCGUGUUUCUGGUAAAGAUUUGGUACCUAACCACUUGACUUUUUGUCUUUACACACAUACUGCCAUAUUUGACGAAAAAUACUGGCCCAAGGGUAUUCGUGCCAAUGGUCACCUUCUUAUGAACGGUGAAAAGAUGUCCAAGUCUACAGGAAACUUUAUGACUUUACACGAAGCUUCCAAGAAAUUUGGUGCUGAUGCUACCCGUUUAGCUUUGGCUGACGCUGGUGAUACUGUGGAUGACGCUAACUUUGAGGAAGCUAUGGCUAAUUCUGCCAUUUUGCGUCUCUUUACUCAGGAAGCCUGGUGCCGUGAAAUGGUUGAGAAGGCAGACGAAUUGCGCUCUGGCCCUUAUAACUUCCAUGACAGUGUUUUUGAUAAUGAGAUAAACCAAUUGAUUGAGUAUGCAUAUGAAGCUUAUAACGCUACUUCUUACAAGGUUGCUUUGAAGAACUCCUUUUACGAUCUCCAGAAUGCUCGUGAUUGGUAUCGUGAAGUUACGGCUGAGCGUGGGAUGCAUAGAGAUCUUGUUUUGCGCUGGAUCGAAAUUCAAGUCUUGAUGCUUGCUCCCUUCACUCCCCACUGGAGUGAACAGCUCUGGCUCGCUGUUCUUAAAAAGCCUAGCAGCAUUCACGUAUCUGGUAGAUUCCCUCGUGCUUCUAAGGCUGUGAACACUGCUCUCUCAAACUCUUUGCAAUACGUUCGUACCUUGACUAAAGUUAUCCGUGAAGCUGAAGCUGGUCAAUUAAAACGUCAAAGGAAGGGCAAGGGUAUGCUUUUUGAUCCUUCUAAGCCUAAGCGUUUGAGUAUCUUCGUUGCUGAUCAGUUUCCUGAAUGGCAAGCUCAAUACGUUUCUUUACUCCAAAAAUUUUACAACGAAGCCGAAAAUAAAUUUGAUGAUAAGGCUAUUAUCUCCAAUGUCGACAAGAAGGCUAUGAAGGUUGCUAUGCCCUUUAUUCAACAAUUCAAACAAUCGGUUAUCAACCGUGGUGAACACGUUGCUGCAUCAUCUAUUUUCAGUCGUGAGUUAGGAUUCAAUGAGCUCGACGUUUUGCAGGAAGUUAAGCCCUAUUUAAUUGGCAAUGUCGGUAUCAAGGAGCUACGCAUUAUUCAUAUCCAAAAGCGUACCGAUGAUUCUGCUCCCAUUACUGGACUUGUCGAAAGCGGUCCCGAAGCUGGUACUACAAUUGAAAUUGCUGCCAAUUUUGCAAAUGCCGUUCCUGGACAACCCACCUUUUUGUUUGAAAACGUUACUGCUUAA